AUGGUGGAAAAAAAUCGUCGUUGUGAUAUUCGUUACUCUAACGAGCGGCCAGAAUAUUGUAACUGGCAAUUGCCGGUUACUUCAUCAUCAUCACAAAGUGAUCAGUAUCAAUCACGUUCAAUUGCCGCUUGGCACGCUCAUAAACGUGGUUUAAUUCCAGAACCUUCAAAUCUUGAUUCGACAUCCAUUAUCGAGUGCCAUUUGCCAGAACGAAGGCCUAUUAUCGGCGCUAAUUGUCUAAAGCAUAGGAAUUAUUAUACAACCAUGUCAUCACAACAACCUUUGACACCAGAAGUAAUUGUUAACAAAACUUCACCAGCAAAUGGUGUGUUACCAAUGGCUAGUAGUGAUUUGCCACAUACGGAAUUGCCAAUACAGCAAACGAAUAUCUCGUUAAAAACACCUGUACAGUUGGGUGCAAUAGCAUCCUAUCAGGAAGAGGAGGGAAUUGAUUGUUCACCGUGUUGCAGGAAUGAUAUCCUCAGACGGACAUUUCGAAAUAUUGUUUAUGGACAAAUUUUGUCACUGUGCUUAUGUGGUACAGGUGUUAGCAGUCAGUUACUUAGUAAUAGAGGAGUGAAUACACCAACAGCUCAGAGUUUUCUUAACUAUUUCCUGUUAUCAUUUAUUUAUGGGACAAUGUUGGUAUUCCGAAAGGGAGAGAAUGCAUUUUUACCAGUGCUCAGGAAGCGUGGAUGGCGUUAUUUGCUAUUGGCUAUUGUAGAUGUUGAAGCAAACUAUAUCAUUGUUUACGCUUAUCAAUUUACUAAUUUGACUAGUAUACAGUUAUUGGAUUGCUCAACAAUACCGAUGGUAUUACUAUUAUCAUGGUUAUUUCUUUCCACACGCUACCUCUUGACACAUAUAAUCGGUGUUGGAAUAUGUCUUGUCGGAAUUGCCGUUCUUAUUUGGGCUGAUGCGCUAGAAGGAAAAGGUGCUUCUGGAG